AUGCUUGCUCUCAAGUCCUUUUUCAUUCUAGGCGCCGCGACUCUAGCGGCCGCCAGCCUUGGCGAUACUUGCAAAACCGUCAGCGUGAACGACCAGGGCAUUAUGAAAGCUUCGUGUGGUGAUGGAAAGGGUGGAUGGAAUGACGCUAGUCUGGACUUAAAUAAAUGCUUCAAGCGUUCUCAGGACCCACCCCUUAUUUAUAUGCCCGAUCAAGAUGGUUCCGAUGUGACCGAUUGCCUGAAAGAUGGCCCCUUCGAUAUCACCACUAUCAAAAACCCCUCCGCCAUCGACACAGAAAACUUUUCGAUUGGUGGAGCUUGUCUGAAGAAUGGGGAGACACUGGGCUUGGACUCUCUUCAGAACUAUAACGGAAAUCUGGCUUGCUAG